AGCAUUUGACAGUGUUUUGCUAAGAUUGGAGAGUCACAUCUUGAACUAUUUUCUUAGAUUUCAUUGUGUAUCAAGGCGAAAAAUAACCUUGGAAACAGUUCUGGUUUGGGCCUACAUUCCCCGCGGACAUAUAGCGACAUGCAUAUUCUAAAUUUAAAACUAAUAUCAGCUAAUUGUUAGCUAUUUAAAGCCCUUAGCACGAAUAUCCAUCAAUAGGCAGCUAACAAGCCUAGCUAAAGAAUUAGCUUUUAAGAAAAUCUUAAAGCGGUGUUUUUGGACUUUUUAUAUCUGUAAGAUAGUUUUUUGCUCAUAAUUAUCGUUGUAAUGUUUCUCCUUCCAUCAAUGCUUUAGCUGUGGUUUUUACCUCUUGUAAAGAAACAAGUUGAGCCUGAAGGUUUUCCUGCAGUCUGCUUCUUCAGAACACACCUCAGCCAUGAUGUGGAUGUGUGUUGCUGUCUUCCUGCUGUGGAUGAGGUCGGGACGGUGCACAGACAAGGCCAACACUUCAGACCUGAUUGAAUACACAGCUGUGGACUUUUAUGAGAAAUUGCAUUCUGGGAAGAUGAUGUUCAUCUAUUUUGAGCAUCAAGUCUCUCCGACCAUCUCUCUGUUCCUGGUGGAGUUGGAGAAGUCUGCUGAAGCUCUUCAGGAUUAUGGAGUACUAGUUGGUAAGGUGAACUGUAACAAAGAGCUGGUUUACACGUACUGCGCAGAGGAACAGCUGCUGCACACUGCUUUUUUGUUCAGAGGCGGUAAGGAGUUCUUGAGUUUUGAUUUGGACACUAUCUUUGACGUCAACUCGAUAGUCUCCGAAGUCUUGUUCGCCAUUCUACGUGAUGAGAUAAAGUAUGUCCACACAGAUGCUGACCUCCUCGCAAUGGAAAAGGCAGCCAGAGGGAAGAAAGACAUUGUGCUUGGUUAUGUUUGCAGUCUGGGAACACAAGGAAGUUGUCUCUGUGUGUCUUUCAGUGUAAACGAAUCGUCUCCUUCGUCUCGAGUGUGGUUCCUCCACUGCAGAGUUCACAGUGGGUUCAUGACCCCAAUGACCUCUGAGCGCUGCCCUUUGACCCGCAUGAGGAAACCCCUAUCCACCUUAAGCCUCCACUCCUUCCUGCAGCUCAUGGAGGCUCCACUAGUUACCGAGGUGUACGACGACCCCUCCUCAGUCCAGCCCCCCCAGUUCCCCUACCAGCAGACUCCCCAGGUCUUCCUCUUCUCUCAUCCCGCAACUGAGCACCUGGACCUCGAUACGGCCACCACGCUGGCCUGGAGGCUGCGAGGCCUCGCCCUGCUGCUGCUUGUACACAGGCAGAGCCCUGCAGUGAAAACCCCUGAUGAGUACAAUGCUGCUUACAGGCUGCCUGAGAAGAGUUUAGAAGUAAAGUAUUUGACCUUAAACAGCCUCGAUGAGGUGUUGGUGCUGUUCGCAGAUCAAGAAAAAGAUGAAGAGGAGGAGGAGGUGGAUGAUGAAGAAGACAACGAAGGUGUGGAUGACAAUGAGGAAGAUUCACAUUUUGGCAAGCUGGACGAUGAAAUCGCAGCGGCAGUUUUUGAAAACAGAGGCACCUUAUCGGACAUGGAUUCAGUUACCCAACUGACGUCAGACAACUUUCACACUGCAGUAGCACAGAGUGGCCUCACAGUGGUGCUCUUCUACCUCAAAUGUAAGACAGAGUCACUAAAAUUCACUCAUCAACACAUGAUUUGCUCUCACUGACCUUAAGACUCAGAGGUCAACGAAGUUCAGAUGAGUGUGGUCGACUGCAGCGAAUGGACCGACCUCUGCGCCGCUCAGCCAGGCAGUGCUGUCCCCUUCCAGCCAAUCACUGCCUUUCCCAGUGUCUUGUUUCUUCACCCCCAGCAUCCGGCCCACCACUUCAGAGGAAUGCUGGGUAGUGAGUCACUACAUCGCUUCAUCAUGAUAAGCCGUGUAGCUUCUCCUGUUCGUCUGUCCACUCUAGAGGAAGCGCAAUCAUUCCUUCUGGAAGUGCCUCAUCCUGAGCUAGCAGGGUACCAGCUUGACAGAGUUGUGGGAUUGUUUGAGGCCCAGACACAAACAGCAGCGUUUACCGAAGCAGCAAAGUCCCUGAGAGGAGAAGCACUGACUGGACUGCUGACAGAUGAACUGGCAGAGAAAUGGGCUGCAGACCACACUGUAGACCUUCCCGCAGUGUUAGUGUUUCCAUCUUGGAGGACACACACUCAUCCUUUCACACUGCCUGUCUCCUCGUCUGCUGAAGAGCUGCUCACACACAUUAACACUGCGCUGCUCCACCCAAUGGUAAACCAUAGUGUGUGUGUGUACACUUGUCUUUAUCAUUUUUUGCAAAACUACUCUCUCUUCACCACGACGGACCAGGUGAAGGAGAUGAGAACAGUAGUAGAGUCGGGAGGGGAAACGAUGGAGCGAUAUUUGGCCUGCUGGAUCCAUCUUGGACGCACUCCAGCUGGUAUGUCCGUCCUGGGGUCAUACGUAGGCUCUAUGCCCCCUCUUCCUGCACUAGUCCUCACACACUUGCCCUCCGGAGACCAAAUAUACCAGUACCCACCCAACACCCCCAUAGUGGCCUCCUCAGUCCUUCACUGGCUGCAAAGGGUCGAGGAUGGUACUGAGUCACCAACAGGUAAGGAGGAGAGAACAGAAAGCUUAAAGCUGAGUUUACAGUCCCAUAAAUUCCAAGACAGCUAUGCUAUACAGCUAUAAUUCUGCCUUAUUACAGACAGUUAAUGAACCGGUCACUCUUAAAAGCAGAAUUGAGAUUAGAAAUGUGCAAGAUUACCUUA